AUGGGGUCCCCAAAAGCUCAGUACGCCAACUUGCCGCACGUCGAUGACCGUGAUGACUCGAGGUCCAGCACGGAGGUCGAGGAUUCUUUGAUGGGCGAUGAGAAGCAAUGGCACGAUGUAGAAUUGAACAGGCCGAGGACGCGGACGCGGACAAGCAGAUUCAUCGCAGCCCUCAAGUCAACGAGAUCAAUAAUUGAUACUGCAUUAUUAUUUAUAAUUCUGGCAUUAUUAGUUCGAGAUCAAUGGUGGAAACCUGCAACCGAAGGAAAGGAAGUCGAUAACCCAUGGCAAUUCGGCCAAGACUUUACGGGAGUUGGUCCUAGGCUUACCUCGAAGAUCACAACAUUCAAAAGAGAUGAAUCAUAUGCGCCGAAUAACACUGCAGAAUUCUUCUCAGAUGAGGUACUGCAACGGUGGAAUGAUCUCAUGCCCAAGGGCAUGGGGUUCGUCUGGGUGAAUGAUACAAACAAGUAUCACGAUCUUCCCCACCCAAUCGAAUGGCCUGACAAGACCGUCUUCACCACCUCAGCCACCCAUCAAUUACAUUGUCUCUUUGCCAUUGUCCAGACUUACUCGGGUCUGACGUCCGGCCACGAGAUACCCGACGACCACCACUGGCAUAUGAUCCAUUGCUUCGAUUACAUGAGACAAGCCAUCCAGUGCAGCGCCGACAUGGCUCUAGAGGGGCUUGAGACAACCUUCCCGGACCACAAUGGUGGAUCUGACGGUUGGGACUCGAAGCAUGUAUGUCGCGAUUGGAGCGAUGUUAAGUCGUAUCUCGAGAGCGUACGGGCAUAUGACGACCAACUCAUUUACUGA